CUGAAAGAAGAUAAUGAGGUUUCGGCCCUAGGAAAAAAAAACUCAAUUUUAUCCCUCAAAAUAAAGACCAAAAUCCCCAGGAAAGAGUCCUGUGGAGGAAGAGCACGCCGAUUUACAUUAUUUUGAUUAUUUUUCCAUUUUUGUUUGCUUUUCCCACCGACACCUCAUGUUGUCGUGACAUACCGAAAUCAAAGUGUGGAGGAACGAUGUCUUUUGCUCCCAGCAAAACGCUCAGCCGGGCGAAGAUGCAAACGAAGAUGAGUACCUGGACGCCCCUGAACCACCAGCUGUCCAAUGACAAUGUGUUUGAAGAAAGGAGAGACCUGCUUGGAAAGUGGUUUGACAAGUGGACGGACUCCCAGAGGAAGGCGGUGCUGCAGGACUUCUUCUCCCGGUGCUCCCGGGCCCAGCUGAGGUUCCUGCGCAGGAAACUGUGCAGCCAGGUGCCGGAGGAGGCCCUGGACUUCACCACCGUCCUGCCCCGGGUGCUGGCGCUCUAUGUCUUCUCCUUCCUGGACCCUCGCAGCCUGUGCAGGUGCGCACAGGUCAGCUGGCACUGGAAGUCCGUCGUGGAGCUGGACCAGCUGUGGAUGCCCAAAUGCCUGCGUCUGGGCUGGUGUAUAAACUUCGCCCCGACACCCUUCGAACAGGGUGUGUGGAAGAGGCACUACAUUGAGAUGGUCCAAGGCCUUCACAUCAGUAAGCCUAAGACUCCUGUCCAGGAAGAGUUUGUUGUCCCAGAGGUGAAGGUGGUGAGCAGCAAGGAGGCGGAGCUCUCAGAGGUCUGCCCCAGACUGACGCGGUCGGGUCACCUGGGCCACCGUGGGCGGAUCAAAAGCGGGAGGGGCUCAGGGACACAAAUGAAAGGGCUUCCUCCCUGGAGGGGCUCUGACAAGCACCCCACGGACACUUUGCGCUUCAACUACCUGGAGAACUGCGACCCCAUCGAGCAUGCCCGUCAGGCACAGGCCAAAAGCAAGGUGACUGUCACCAUUACCGAUACCAAAGAGGAAAAUGCCAGGAAGAAGCCGCUCUCUGACUCCGCUUACAAACUGCGCAAGGCAAAGUCGCUGAUGUUCUUGUCAUUGGAUCUGAACUCACAGCAUCAGAGACAGAGCAGGCCAGACUGGGCCACAAACCAAUCUGCAGAAUACCCCGUCACCAAGGCAACUGCAAAGAAGCUGACGCAGAGUGCCCAGUGGAAUGCUGGGAUACGCCCAGGUCCCGUGAGGUCUCCUAUACCUAGGAUGAGUGAGAGGGGGCUGAGGGCAUCCCAGCGCUCACAGAGGAGCACCCCAACAGUACCGCUGUUUGAAGAACAGCCCUGGAAGGUCCCGGCUUGUGAUCUGGGAUCAGAUGAGGACUGACCCUACUGUAGAGGA